UCGCGGCAGCAAGCGGGUCAGUGAGCAGCGCGGCGGGCUGGUCAGCGCACUAACACACACGGUCUUCACAGCGGCGUGGCGGACUCGCUGACAGUUAGAAGUUUGCGGCCGCGUGUCAAGCUAAAGUAAUGAGUAAUGCCUGAUCACUCUUCAGUUUCCGAGUGUAGGUGCAACCUGAAAGAGUGAAGCUCGUGAUAUUUCGUAACUCCUGUGGUGAAUAAAGUUAUAAUUCGUGGUGUUUUAACUUGAUACUUUGCGAAAUGAGUGCCUGAUGAACUCCGUGGUGUGUCUGUCUGUCUGUGUAUGUGUUGCAUCAGGAAUACGUGAGGAAAUCAGAACUUUUAACAUACAUGCAUACAGUUUGUAAGAUGCCAGUUGUCCUACACGUGGCAGUCCCUGUGUGAUGCAAGUGUCCUGCAGUUCGCCUGUCAUCUCUGCUCUGUUAAUGUAUCUGAUCUAAAACAAGUGGGGUAACAGACAAACAUAUGUAAUAGUAGUGUCAGUAAGCUGUGAGUCUUGAAAACAACCUUGAAAAAAGCAAGAGGAACAAAUGGACGAAGUGGUAACAUCAGUAACGUAGAAAUCUUGGAAAAAAAGUAAACGAGGACUACAAAAGUGACAACACAAAGCGCAUUGGGAAACUGGAAGGGAAAACUCAGGCGGAGGAGACAAGAAAUAUUCACGUCAGUAUUGAGGAAAAAGCUUCCCUCUGCUGGCGGUCUGAGCGAGGCGGCGCGUCACUGAGUGCCUGAGGGAGCGGCAGCUGGCGGAGGCUGGCCGGGCUGGCUGUAGGGGCGAGGCGGUAACCAUGUGGCCGCUACUCCGUUACAGGCCACUGGGAACCGACACCUGCCCCACCCAAGCCCCGCCCACCGCCCACUCCGAGGCCCACCACGCCCACAGUGAGACUUCAGCCUUCAUCUGACCCACAGUGACCGGCACACAGACACACACACCCACACUGUGAACCCAUGGACUACCUCAGCCAGUCCCCCUCCACCAUCUAUGCUUCCACCCCGCCCACGCCCUCCAAUGUCCCCCAUUUUGAGUCACGCACCACUCCCACCGCCCCCACCACGCCCACGCCAGCCUCUACCACACCCACGGCUACGGAAUGCGCGCGGCACUUCAUAUCUGACCUGGCGAGCAAUGCUUCUGUCAGACUCCUGCAGCCGCCACCCCCCGCCGCGCCCUGCAACGUGACGCUCCUGGACGAGGCGGGGGGCAGCGCCGAGCCCUUCCUGUUUGACCGCGGGGACGUGCGGGGCGUGCUCAUCACUCUGUACACCGUGGUCUUCAUCACAGGAUUUGUAGCGAUGGACGUGACCCAGAAGACGAGCGGCGGGGUAGAAAGCAAGGCAGGAGGCGACGACCAAGCUCUCCCCGGCGACAAACAGUGCGCAGAGAGACAGCCUGUGUUUCUCUGCUCUCUGCUACUCACACAGAAGAGACUCAAAGGAGAGACGCUGGGCCCAUAUGCUGAAACACUUGUGUGCUGCACCUCCGCUCCUUUCACACGGCUCUAG